CAAAUAGCUUGAAAGUUGAACCCGAAUGUUACAUUUUUUGACUGUUUUGUUGUUAUUAUGUAACCGUCAAUUUAAACGAAAAUAUGGCACAUUUUCCUUCCGAGGCUGACGUCAAUAUGGUGCUCGCCGUUGUCCAAGGUGCAUCUGUUUCAGCUGUGCGGCGUAACCUACUUAUUACAGGGAAUGUGGAAUCGACUAUCAACAAUGUGUUGGAUGGAAUGUUGAUUGAUGAAGAGCCUGACAUUGAAACUGUUUCAAAUCCUAUGAUAGUGGAAGACACAAAAGCAGAAAAAGAGUCAACAACAGAAGAAUACCUCAGUAGCACAGACAUCAACAGUGACAAUAGUGAUAUCAGUUUGCCUGCUGUUGAUUUCACAACAAUUAAAACCAAGAAUAUCUUAAACUCUCACACUUCAUUGCAAAACUCUAUAGUGAGAAUGGAGAGUCCAAUUGAAAUUAGUGGUGAAUCUAAUGAUGGUGUACCAUCACCAUGGCGGGAUUGUGAUCAUUAUAUGUCAGUCUUGGAAAAUAAAAGUAAGGAUCACUUUAAAGUUAAACCAAUUAGAAAAUAUGGAGCAUGGUCUGUUUCAAGUUCAAGUUCAGAUGAAGAUGAAAUGUUACCACUGUCACUGACACAUAGACUACAGCAAAAACUUCAAAAAAAAGAAACUUGUGGUAACUCACAAAUAUCAUGCCUAGGGAGUCAAAAUAAAGUUUGUGCUAGCAUAAGGUAUCAGAGCAGUUGCUAUAGUAAAAAUGAUUCUGACUAUAAAAUUCAAGAUAGAUAUGAUGUAAUUAAAAGACGUGCAAUGGAUGAUAGGGAAAUGUGUGAAGGCAGCGGAGAAAAUGAAAUUGACAUUAAUGAGGAUACUCCAGGUGCUGUCAGAAAGAAAAAACGAAGAUCUCCUGAACAGAUUGAAGAAUUAAAAAGACAGGCACUGCAACUGAAAAUGAAAAAACAGAAAGAGAAGACAGAAAUACAGCGACAGAAAGUACAACAGAUGGUGAUGAAGGAAACUGAAAAAUUACAAAAGGUGAAGGAGAGGGAAGAGAAGAAACAAGAGAAAGAAAGAGAAAUGUGCCGGAAGAAGGCUGAAAGAACUGCAGCAAAAGCAGCAAGACCUGAAGAAUGUUUGAAGUAUGUGACAGUAUUUUUAGACCAGAGACUCAUUGAAGACCCUGGUGGUGCUGAUAUUCUAAUACAUUUACAAAGCAAGGACGUUAAAUACUCACUGACAUUUCAACCAAUCACAAAUGGUAUAACAUGGAAGAGACAACAGUUACAAGAUUAUAGCCAAUCAUCUCAGUCUUCCAACAACCCUGAUCAAACAGAUGAGAAUGAAGUCUUAGUUGUCUUACAAGCAGUUGAGUUUGUUGAAAUGGUACAUGCCUUCAAGGAGGUAAACAGUUCUCACAUAAAUCAGAAGAAUAAACAGAAUAGAGAUUUUCGAACAGCUGUGUUGUCAAAUCAAGGUGGAGACGAUAAUGGCAAGGGUGGAAAGAGGAAAAACAAAUCUGGAAUACUGAGGGUGAUAACUCGAGUGGAUAUGGAGGAGGCUUUGGUUGAUUUACAAUUAAACGAGAAUUGUAACGUUCGUCUUGAAGAAACCAUGGCAGAUGUUGGUACAGUGAUUGCUAUGUUUACAAAAGCCAUAGCCGAAGCACCCUUUAAAAGAGAACGAGACAAGGGAAUAUUCUCUUUCCAUGUUUCCACAGAAUGGGCUGGUGGUGUCAGAGUUGACAAAGAUGGAAAAGGUUUAUUGAGAGUAUGGAGGCAACAGUUACAACAAUUCAGAUUAGUGAGUGUUGACAAAGCAGCAGCCAUUGUGGCAGCCUAUCCAUCACCGCAGAUAUUGAUGAAGGCUUAUCAAGAAUGUUCAAGUGCUAAACAAGCUGAGAAGCUACUACAAGACAUUGUGGUGAGGAGGGGUGCCGGUGUAUUGGCAACAAAUCGACGAAUUGGACCAGAACUAUCCAGAAAAGUGUAUUUAUUCUUAACAAGCCAUGACGGUGAUAUGGUUUUACAUAGCAGACAUUAA